GAAAAUUCAGACGUAAACAUUGGUUCUACUUGUGUAACAGCGGUUCUACUUGUGGGCCGCGGAAUUUUUAUUUCCCGGAUUUUCUGUGGAAAAUAGUGAAGAAAUGCGACAUUAAAUUGCAAUUUCUAGUUUUAACAUUUGCAAGACACAAAAAUUGAAACAAUGGCGCUGCGAUUGGUAUUAAACUGCCGGGAAAUUCCUGCUUUCCUGAGAUCAACUCCGGUCCCGGUGGCAUUCAGCUCGCGGCACCUGUUAAAUCCAUCCCAAUUCGCACACCGUACCAGCUUGCUCCGGUACAGCCGCCAGGCGCGGAACACCCGAGGAGCGGAAUCAUUUGCCCCCAAGCAGACGACCAUCGUCCCGACGGGAAUCCCGGGCGGCAGUGCAGCCCUCGAAUCCGGCUACAUUGACCCUUCGCGAUUGUGGCGAUCGUUUGUCUUCACGGUGGCCUUUAGCGCAGGGAGUUUUGUCGGCGUCACCAUAUGGGAGUACGAAACGGUGCGGUCCCGAGCCAUGGAAGCGCUGCGGGCCAAGUUGAAUCUGAAUUGGUUUCGGGAGCGGAUGAAAGCGAACCGGCGGGAGAUGGAGCAGUGGCGGAAGGACGUGAACGGGUGGUGGGACAAGUUGAGUCCGGGCGAGCGGAUAUUCGCUCCGAUUUGUGCGUUGAAUUUGGUAGUUUUCGGCAUGUGGAGGGUUCCACGACUGCAGCCAAUGAUGUUGCGGCUGUUCGCGUCCAAUCCGGCGGCAAAGGCCGUCUGUUGGCCGAUGUUCCUGUCGACGUUCAGCCACUAUUCGCUGUUCCACAUAGCGGCCAAUAUGUACGUGCUGCAUAGUUUCUGCCACGGGGCGGUGGCCACCCUUGGAAGGGAACAGUUCCUAGGGCUGUACCUGAGCGCGGGAGUGAUUGCCUCGUUUGCCAGUCACGUGUUCAAAACGGUGAUGCGCCAGCCGGGAUUAUCGCUGGGGGCAUCUGGAGCGAUUAUGGGCAUUCUGGCGUAUGUUUGCAGUCAGUAUCCGGACACACAGCUGAGCAUCGUGUUUCUGCCGAUGUUCACAUUUUCUGCAGGGGCGGCCAUCAAAGUGAUAAUGGGAAUCGACCUGGCCGGAGUGCUACUGGGCUGGAAGCUGUUUGACCAUGCGGCCCAUCUGGGAGGAGCUCUGUUCGGAAUGUUCUGGGCCUACUACGGCAGUCGGAAUGUGUGGCCACUGCGGGAGCACUUCGUCGGCUACUGGCACGAGUGGAGGGGGCCUCCUAGGAAAUAACUCGUCACUCUGGUUGACGACGACGACGAUGGAAGAUGGAUGGAUGAUAGGUAAAGUAGGUAUAUUAUGACAAACGGAAUACGGAAAGCUCGGAAGACAUCAUCAACUACAUAUGACGAAUAGGCGAUUUUUAACGAAAUUUCGAGUAAGUACAAGCUUCGUCAUUGGAUAGACCUAAUUUGUGGAGCUGUGUGGGCCAUGAUUUUAUUUAUCAGUUUGAAACUGUGCAGACGUGGCAAUAAUAAAUACUGUUUUGUUGGUCAAACAA